GGCAGCAUCCUCAUCCACCUCCUGAAGAUGAUGGCGCAGAGGUGCAUCGGCAGCUGCCUGCCGUUAUUCGUCAUGGCGAUCGUCUUCGACAUCAUUGGCGUGAUCCUGCUGUUCGUCGGGAUAUUCGGUAACGUGCAGAUGCACGGCGUGUUUUACGGGGAUUUCCUCAUCCACACCGGCGCGCUGAUCUUGUUCGCCAGCCUGGCCUUGUGGCUCAUGUGGUACGUUGGGAACAUUAGGGUGAAGGAAGAAGGUUGGGAUCGCAGAUCGAGCGCUGCGCACAGCGUCAAACAGCUCGCGAGGAAACUCACGGAGAGAUUGUCCAAAACACAACUGAAGGACAAGACCGGUGAGAAAACAGGAAGCAAAGCUUCCACCAUUCGAAAUGUAACAUGGGGAAAAUCCAGUUAUUUCCCAGGAAGCAAGGAUCUUGAAUCGGACAUGAUCAAAUGUGAUGAGCUAUCCAAAGGAAAGUCCGAUGAUGAUCAGUUCAUGUGCUACCAGAAUCAAGCGUACAAGGACGAUGAGUCAUUUAAACCGAUUCAAGAGGAGACGGAUGACCAGACCCGGUCAGAAGACGGUUCUGAAUCAGAUGUGAGCAAAUGCAAUGAAGUAUCCGAGGAGAAAAUGCUGGGAGAUGAUCAGUUCACCUGUUAUCAGAACGAAGUGUACGAGAAAUCAGAAUCAGACAUGACCAAAGCUGAAGAAAAACCUUGGGAGGAGAAGCCAGGUGAUCAGCCACAGAGCAUCGAUGUUCUGCUGUAAGAAGAGGUCCUAAAACAAUGACUGAAUAGCCAAGAACCUUCAAUAGUCUUCAAUCGUCUGCCAUCAACAGUAGGUUUAGAGAUACUGAGUACAAACUGAACUGCUUUAAUUUAUUAAAACACAACUGUCUGUUGUGUUUCUGUAUGUGGGUCGAAGUUUCUCAGUGGCCUCAUAUCUGUAAAGCAGGGUGGCUGAUAUUAUUAUCCUGUAAUACAUUCAAUAGACACCAAAUUGGUGAAAUGAAGUGAACCCUUACUUUGCACAAAAGUCAUUAGAAUAAUUUAUAAUGCUUUGCCAAAACUGUUGAUCGGUGGUUGAAUGUUGUCUGAUAUAUAGUCAUUCAGUGUGUGUCAUUGUGUUGAUGUUCUGUGUUGUGAAGUGCUACUCAGGUACUGCCCUUGUUUUUUGCACAUCCUCAUUUGUGAAUUCAUGCACCAGCUCAUGCAUUGUAGGAAUCCAUUUCCCUUUCAAAGUGGCAGCUGAGCGCUCAUGCAAACUCCUCCAGAGUCAAGCCAUUUCAUUUGUUAGCUACACUCAGUGACCAAACCUGUCCGACAGCAAAUACAAUAGACUGAUAGUUCAUUCAUGUGAUCUGUCGGCUCAUCUUGGUACACAAGCAAACAUUUAAUACUGUACCCAUAUGGCAAAAUACAGAUAUAUGUUAAAAUAUAUAUUUAAAUAUAUUUCAAAAUACACAUAUCAAGGCCAAAAAUAUAUUUUACCUAAAAGGUAAAUUUAUUUUCUACCAAUAAACAAGUCAAAGUUUUGAACAGUAAGAUUUUUAAUAUUUCAAAUAACUUUUCUAUUUGAAUAUAUUUUAAAAUAUAAUUUAUUCCUGUGACCAAAGUUUUAAUUAUAGAAAUUAAUACUUUUAUUUAGCAAGGAUGCUUUAAUGCUUUAAAUUGAUCAUUAAAUUGACAUUUAUAAUGUUACAAAAAAUUAUGUUUCAGAUAAAUGUUCUUAUUCACUUUCUAUUCAUCAAAAAUACCUGUAAAAAUUCUACUCAGCUGUUUUCAACAUAACAACAAUACUAGAUAUUUUUAGAGCAGCAAAUCAGAAUAUUUAAAUGAUUUCCAAAGGAUCAUGACUGAAGUAAUAAUGCUAAACAUUCAGCUCUAAAAAUCACAGAAAUAAACUACAUUUUAGAAUAUAUUCAAAUAGAAAACAGUUAUUUUUAAAUGGCAAAAAUAUUUCAAAAUGUGACUGGAGUAAUGAUGCUAAAAAUUCAGCUUUGAAUAUGUUUAUCAAACAUUGCUUUAGUGGAAAGAAACCAGUCAAAUCAAUUACUUUAUUUUACUGCUAAUUGUUGUGGCUACACAAAGAAUCACAUUGCCAGAUCAUGAAAUUUCAGCUAUAUUUUUAUAUAGAUUAUAUUUUCAUUAGCUAAGGAGGUGUGCAUGUUGGAAUAUAAUUAUAUGAAACAAAUAGCAUGAUGUAUGUAAAUAUAAAACAAGUAAUCUUGACAUGCCAAACAAAUCUUGACUGUAAACACUCCCUCAUUCACUCAUAAUACUGUAGUUGUUGUCGUUUUAACAGAUGUGAUAUGAAAUGCAUGUAAAGCUACAGCGGUUUUCAGCUGAAGUUUGUAUAAAACAAC